AUGCUCCUCUCCAACAUCACACAGUCUAUGACAGGAGGAGUGCCUCUCUCGGUGAACUUCGACAGUCCUGAGGACUAUUUCGUCUUUAUUUUCCAGAUUCUAUUCGCUACAACUACUGUUCUUGUAGCCGGAACAGUAGUUGUGGGCAUCUUGUUCACCAGAGCGCUGCGAAUUCAAAACAGGUUUAUUUUCAUGCUGAACACCAGUAUUUGUGAUACGCUCGUUGGGUUUUCAGUGUAUUAUCUUGGUCUGUUUGAUGUUCAGGAGGGAUAUCCGUCUAGAAAUGGAACUUAUAAUGUGCUACCGUCACUUCUAGGGGUCAAUAUAUUGACAUUUUUGUUCGCACAAUUUGACCGCUAUUUUGCUGUGUGCCACCCUUUCAUAUACAGCCGCUUCAUCACGAGACCGUUUGUGAUAGGUGUGAACCUCUACUGUUGGGUUUACAACGCUGCUCACUUGCUCGCCAGGAAUGUGUUGCCACUUUCCAAAGCCAUCCAGCUGUAUGUGUUCAGCAUAGUAUUUUUUCAGCUAAUCGUGCUCACCAAAGUGGUCAUGACUAUCAAACUGUAUGUUAUUGCCAGAUUCCAGGUAGAGAGAGACCCCCCCAGCGCCGAGAAAGAAAACAAAAAGGAGUCCUUGAGAAUCAUCAUUUUUGUUGUCAUAAGCUUCUUGGUGUUGUGGAGCCCGUCUUUUGUUAAUAUCGUCAUCAGAUUUGUGUUAGGCAGAGGGCUGACAUUCGGGAACGAGGCCACCAAUCUUUUCGCCAUCAUGGCUCGUUUCAACGCCGUGUGCACACCGGCGGUGUACUUGUGGGGGAGUCCGGCUCUGAGGGACGCCACGAUGAGGACAUUGUGGGGCAGACUGUGCACAAGGUGCAAGAAGAGAGUCGACUCCUGUAAUGCGAAGGCAGAUAAUAAAAAGUCAUGGAAAUAACAAGAACCCGAAGACUCCAUGCAGCACGUUGUCCUGAUCAACUGCUUUUUUUCUUUGCCUUCUCCUCCUCCCCGUUCUCCCUCUCUCUCUGUCUCUCUCUUUGAAUAAGUUCGAUUGAAACUAUAUAGCCUACUCAUUAUAAGAGUUGUUAUGCUCACUCUAUUUUCUGAAAUGUUUCCAUCACUGGAUCUUACAAGGUCGUGCUAAUGUUUGAUCUGAACUAGCUGUUGAUUCAGUGACAGUGUCCUGAUAAGCAGUUACUCCUAUCAAAUGUUAAACUAUAGUGCUGUGCUGUAGUAGAGAAGCAAUGGUAUACAGUAGUUUAUAUUAAGGCCAGGGGCAGCCCUCCCCCCUAAAUCUGUGAAAUUUAAAUUAUAAAACAAAUGGCAAAUAAAAU